AUGGCGGCACCCGGCUGCCGCAGCGUCUCGGCUGCUUUUUGGGAGCACCUGCGGCGCCUGGGUCUGCAGGACUUCCCCUGUGGCCUUGGCAGCUGGAACAAGUCCCGUUUUGAUGCACACGCAGCCCCAUCUGGACAGGAGGAGGCCAUGCUGCUGAGUGAGGAGAGCCCCGGGGCACUGGUGGAGCUGCUGAGGGACCCCCACAGCCCCUGGGCCCUGCCACCAGGCUGCAGCCCCCAGGACCAGCACCUGCUGGAAACGGCUGUGCUGGCGCCCAAGCUCGUCCAUGGCUCCCGCAUCUUCCAGCUCCUCAGGUCCCUGCGGAUCAUUGGCAAGGGAGUGGAGGAGGUCGAUGAGGGGCUGUUGCAGUUCCCACGGCUGGAGAAGCUCAUCCUCAGCACCAACAGGAUCAGCACAAUAACCUCGGCCAACCUGCCCAGGACGCUGAAGGUCCUGGAGCUGUGCUGCAAUGCUGUGGCUGAUCUGCAGGACCUCUGCGCUCAGCCUCCCCCGGGGCUGCAGCACUUGGGGCUGGGAUACAACAGGCUGUGCGGCUCUGCGCAGGACAAGUACCUGACUGCAGACUUCUGGCCAAAUCUUGUCUCCCUGGACCUGAGCUAUAACAGCCUCACGGAUCUGCAGGCGCUGGUCUCCCAGCUGUCCAGUCUGCAGAAGCUCCGCAUCCUGGUGCUCCAAGGGAACCCCCUGGCUCUCAUUCCCACGUACAGAGGUUUCCUCGUGGACAGCCUGCCCAAGCUCUGUGUCCUCGAUGACAUCCAGAUAGGGCCUGACGAGAGGCACCAGUUCCACGGUUUGGCGACGCAGCCAGAGAUGAUCAGGAGCGAAGCACGAGUGGUAGUGAGCAUUGGGGAGAUGAAGGGAAUCCCUGAUCCCAGUGCUCAUCAGGUUGACUCUGAGGCUCCGGUGAUCACCUACAGCUACUGCGUGACUUACGAGUUUGCGGAGGGAGAGGAGACGGAGGACAGUGGCAGCCCUGAGGGUCCCACGGUGACCACCCUAGAUGUGGACAGCUCUGCUGGGGACACAGGAGAAACAAAGAGCCAGUGGGAGCCUGCAGCCACAGAGGACCCCAAGGCCCACUCUGCAAGGGUGUUUGCCACCCCCGGACAGCCCUGGGCAGGCACCAUCGAGUGCAGCUACAGAAAGGAGCACAGAGUGAAGAACUUGGUGGGGCUGAAGUCCUACCUGGUGGCUGGAACAGUCAUCUCAGUCAUGGAGGAGAAGGUGUUCUCCUGGCCUGUUGAUGCUGAUCUCAAAGAAAAUGCAGUCACGAAGGGGAAGGCAGGACGGAAGGGUGGUGCCAAGGGUUCUGUGCCCAGAGAAAAGCAGCAGCAGCAGAAGAAGCAGCCGUGUGAACUCCGCAGCGACCCUCCCAUUCGGAGAACGCUGUGCUCCAGGAGGGUGACCCUGGACACCCUGUUGGCCACCGAGGACCUGGUGGCAACUGUGUGUGAUUUUGGAAUCCUGAUGACUGAGCAACCGCUGCAGCCACCAAGUCUGGAGAAGGUAAGGAGCGACAAGAAAAAAAGCAAAGACAAGAGCAAAAAACCCAAAGCAGAAAGCCAGGCCAGCCGGAAAACCACAGCGCCUGCCAAAGGGGGUCGGGCCCCCCAGCCAGUGCCGCUGACGGUUCAGUUCCAGAUGCGGCUGCUUCGGUGGCCCUCGAUGGCCGGCACCCAGAGCCAGGAGAGCAUGACUGUGGUGGAGGGGAAGGCUCAGUAA